AAGGUUCUGCGGCGUUGCAUUUGCCUUUGCUUAUCCUCUGAGCUGAGAGCAGAACAGAGCAAAAACAGAACAAGAAUAUAUCUCUACUUGAAACGACGCCGUUCUGCACUUCGAACUUUAAAGUUGAUGUUGUAACUGUAACACCUUGUUAUCUUUCUCUACAUACAGCUUCAUCAAUGACUAUGAGUGGUUUAAUUUCAAACCGCAAUUUCGGUUCCUUCGUUGCCUCAGGAAAUGUAUAUAGAUCGGGGAAGGAUAUAUCGGUUCAAAGAAUGGGAAUUUCUGUUUCUGGUGUAUCUGUUGCUAAGGAUCCCUCUCCAAGAUGGCAGCAUCAGAUGUAUUUGCCUAUGGAAAAGAGAGUUUCGAAACCAAUGCAAACAUCUCACAACAAAGGGGAGCAUCGUUCUCUUGUAUCCCAGCAGUCUAGUCAGUGCUUGAACUUUAAACUAAAGGCUUGCGGAAGAAGUCAUAGUUCCUUCCUUUUUUCAGCUCCUUAUGGCAGUAACAAUGUUGGACAUCAGGAAGUAUAUCGACUUGGUUUGAGCAAAAGAAAGCACGCAAAAACUGAAGUUGGUAAAGCAAAUAAAUUUCGUGUUUGUUACAAGUCUGAGGAGUAUGACAUUUCAGAAACAAAGAUGGAUCCACUGCAAUCAACUGAAGGAACUGGGGAAGCCAUUCUUUUGGAAGGAAGAGCAUUACCUUGGUGGCAGCAGUUUCCUAAGCGCUGGGUUAUUGUACUGCUGUGUUUUACAGCAUUUCUUCUGUGUAACAUGGAUCGUGUAAAUAUGAGCAUAGCAAUACUUCCAAUGUCACAGGAAUUCAACUGGAACAGUGCAACAGUUGGCCUAAUUCAGUCAUCUUUUUUCUGGGGUUAUCUACUUACUCAGAUCGUUGGUGGCAUAUGGGCAGACAAACUUGGUGGGAAGCUAGUACUAGGUUUUGGAGUUGUAUGGUGGUCAAUUGCAACAGUUUUAACACCCAUUGCUGCAAAAUUUGGGUUGCCAUGUCUUCUUAUUAUGCGUGCCUUCAUGGGAAUUGGUGAGGGUGUUGCGAUGCCUGCAAUGAAUAAUAUACUUUCCAAAUGGAUUCCAGUGUCAGAGAGAAGCAGAUCACUUGCACUAGUAUAUAGCGGCAUGUACCUUGGUUCAGUCACUGGCUUGGCAUUCUCACCUAUGCUAAUCCAGAAAUUUGGGUGGCCAUCGGUGUUUUACUCAUUUGGAUCCCUUGGAAGUAUCUGGUUUGUUUUAUGGUUGAGUAAAGCAUACAGCUCACCAGACGAAGACCCGGAUCUUGGGGCCGAAGAGAAGAAGUUUAUACUUGGAGGCAACGUAUCAAAAGAACCUGUAUCAGUUAUUCCUUGGAAAUUAAUUUUAUCAAAAGCACCUGUUUGGGCUUUAAUAAUCUCUCACUUCUGCCACAAUUGGGGGACAUUUAUUCUAUUAACCUGGAUGCCUACCUACUACAAUCAGGUUCUGAAGUUCAAUCUCACUGAAUCUGGGCUAUUUUGUGUCCUGCCAUGGUUAACCAUGGCUAUUUUUGCAAAUAUAGGAGGCUGGAUUGCUGAUACACUUGUGAGCAAAGGCCUUUCCAUAACAUCUGUUCGAAAGAUUAUGCAAUCAAUUGGGUUUCUGGGUCCUGCAUUUUUUCUUACACAGCUAAGCCAUGUGAGAACACCUGCCAUGGCAGUACUAUGCAUGGCUUGCAGUCAGGGAUCUGAUGCGUUCUCGCAAUCUGGUCUAUAUUCCAAUCACCAAGACAUUGGACCACGCUAUGCUGGAGUAUUGCUGGGACUAUCAAAUACUGCAGGUGUGCUUGCUGGUGUCUUUGGUACAGCUGCAACUGGAUACAUACUCCAACGAGGUUCUUGGGAUGAUGUUUUUAAGGUUGCUGUUGCAUUGUACAUAAUAGGCACAUUGGUCUGGAAUAUCUUUUCAACUGGAGAGAAAAUUCUUGACUAAAGAAUGUAAUGAUGAUGUCAAUGAAGGUGUAUGCAACAUAAGCCGUAGAGAUUAAAAGAAAAAAGAAAGAAAGAUGGAACAAAAUCAAUGACCAAAUUUGUCAAGCGCUUGGAAGCGUAAAAGCAGCCUGGAGAAAUUGAAGAGAGUCACCAUCAAAGUUUUUGAUCAAAUAGUUGAAGCCUUUUUACAUUUUAUCUGGAAAUCUUGGAUUAGCUUGGCCCCUUUUGCAAAUGUCUUGUCCUACGAUCUAAAUGGUUUCUGUAUAGAUGGUGGAUAAUAAUUUCCACUUGUAUAACUUAAAGCAUACUUAUGCUUAAAAGUUAAAAUACAUGUUAUAUGGCCAACUCAGCAACUCUGCUGCUUCAUCAUACAUGGCUGAGAAAAUUGGUGGCAGUUUUCUGAUUCAAUGUCCCUAACAAAAGACAUCAGUAUAUAUCUACUUUUACUAUUGGUUCAA